AAUAAAUAAAAUAAUUGUAGACAACCUCAUAUUAUGCAACUUUAUAUGCCAUUUUCAAUCUGCAAAUUCUGAAGCUAAUUUGGUAUUACAAGUAUCAUCAGCUAUACAUUUAAAAUCCGCUAAACUCUGUGGAGAUGGCUAUGGCUGCAAAACUUGAGAUCAUACAAAGAGAAACAAUCCGACCGUCCUCUCGGACUCCCGACAACCUUAAAAUCCACAACCUAUCCCUUCUUGAUCAGGUUAUGCCAAUUAUGUACACCCCGCUUCUUCUCUUUUACCCUGCAGCUGAUGGCGAUCUUCAUCAAGAUCGACACGAAAAAGUUCAGAGGCUUAAGAAAUCUUUACCCGAUACCUUAAAACAUUUUUACCCGCUUGCAGGAAGAUUCAGAGACAAUACCUCCAUAGAUUGUAAUGAUCAAGGAGCUGAAUUUAUUGAAGCCCGUAUCGAUUGUCUUCUGUCAGAAUUUUUCAGAAAUCCUGACACACAGAUGUUGAAUUGGUUCUUGCCUGCAACUGUAGAAUCUCCUGAAGCAGCUACUGGAAGAUUACUACUCGUUCAAGCUACUUUCUUCGAUUGCGGCGGAUUAGCUAUUGGGAUUUGCAUUUCCCACAAAAUGGCUGAUGCAGCCACCUUGUCUACAUUCACCAAAUGCUGGUCUGCUAUCGCUCAUUCUGGCUCGAGUAACGCGGUGGUGACUCCACCUGUAUUCACGGGUUCAUCAAUUUUUCCACCGUUAGACAUUUCGAUUCCACCUACCCCAGUUGGCCUAAUGCAAAAAAAUUGCAUCACGAACAGAUUCGUUUUCUCUGCAUCAGGAAUCUCCGCCCUGAGAGCUAAACUCGCAAGCGAAACUGCGUUAGAGCCAACACGAGUGGAAGCGGUUUCAGGAUUAUUAUGGAAAAGUGCAAUGACCGCCUUAAGAUCAAGAUUGGGAUAUUCCAGGCCAUCUGUUUGGUGUAUGCUUAUCAACAUGCGUCCCAGGUUUCUGCCGCCCUUGCCCGAAAAUUACUCAGGUAACUGUGUGGGGCACAUUACUCCGAAAACGAUGAACGAAGAUAACUGCGAAAUAGAAUUGGAAGAAACAUUUGUUAGAAUAAGAAAAGAAAUAGAAGGAUUUAGUGAAAAUUAUGUGAAGAAGCUACGAGGGGAAGGAUCUCUACAAGCAAUAUUUGGGUUGCUCAAGGAGUAUGGAGAGUUAGCCAUGAGCAAUGAUACAGACAUCUAUAUGUGCUCAAGCUGGUGCAGAUUUGGGCUGUAUGAUGCAGAUUUUGGUUGGGGAAGACCUGCAUGGGUUAGUUUUACAUGUGUCAAGAAAACUAAUACUGUUACUUUAAUGGAUGCAAGAGAUGGUGAUGGAAUUGAAGCAUGGUUGACAUUGAGUGAAGAAGAUAUGGCCUUUUUUGAGAAAAAUCCUGAGAUUCUUGAGUUUGCUGCUGUGAAUCCCAGCGUUUCUUGAAUUUUCAAUCUAGGUAGCACGGACACUUCAUUCAAUCAACUUUUCUCGUUUUGGAAACGUGGCGUUUCGGAUGCGAAACUUCAUUUUAACAUAAACAAUCUUAAAAUAAUAUCGUUUCGCUGUAUUCGUGUCCAACUAUCCCGUUUACCCGUGCAUGUGUCCGUGCUAUUUAGUUUCCAGUUUUAAUAGUUUUUUAUGGCUCAAAAAUAUUGAACCAUGUUUCUUAUUUUCAAAUAAAAAACUGGGUUGAUCUCUAGUUUCAGAUCAAACCUGUUAAUCAAACAGGUCCACUUUAAUUAUUAAAAGCUUACUGUUUAAGGAA